AUGUCCAAGCUACUACCUCCCAACCCACACACGGUGGAGGGCAAGCCGCUCUUCAUCGCGCCCAAUGGCCCCAGGCCGGUACGCAGGGUGAUGAUCGCCAAUCGUGGCGAGAUUGCACUGCGAAUCGUGCGCACCUGUCAGCAGAUGAACGUCGAGACCGUCGUGGUCUACACCGAAGUCGACGCUUCGGCCGAGUUUGUGGCCCACGCCACUAUCGCGGUCAACGUGGGUCCCAUGGCCACCGACAACAACCCCUACCUCAACAUCAAGAAGCUCAUCGAUGUUGCGCUUGCGCACCAGUGCGACGCGCUCCAUCCUGGCUACGGCUAUCUCUCAGAAAAUGCCGAAUUCGCCGAUGCCGUAGCCGCCACAGGUCGAAUCAGGUUCCUGGGCCCGCGCGGAGACGUGAUGCGCUCCAUCGGCGAAAAGAGCCGCUCAAAGCGCCUCCUCCAGGAAAAGCUGGGUGACCAGGCCCAUCUUGUUCCCGGAUACCACGGCACCGCCGAGAUUGACCUUAAGACGGCGAGCAAGAUCGGCUACCCACUCAUGAUCAAGGCUUCGUCAGGAGGCGGUGGGCGAGGCAUGCGCAUCGUGCGCGAGCCAAGCCAGCUCGCUUCGGAGAUCGCACGUGCACGUUCGGAAGCCCAGCGCAACUUCAACUCGGACGAGCUGCUAUUCGAACGCUACAUAGAGGGCGGAAAGCACAUCGAGGUGCAGAUCUUUGGCGACAACCACGGCAACGUGUACGCCCUCGGCGAGCGUGACUGUUCCGUUCAGCGCCGACACCAGAAGAUCAUCGAGGAGUCACCUGCGGUCGACUGCGAGCAGGACCCGGAGCUGCGUAAGCGCAUCCACCAGUCGGCCAUCACCAUCGGAUCGCUUCUCUCCUAUCAGGGUGCAGGCACGGUCGAGUACAUCUUCGAUACCAAGACCAAGGAGUUCUUCUUUCUCGAAGUCAACACACGUCUGCAGGUCGAGCACCCCGUGACCGAGAUGUGCAGCGGGCUCGACCUGGUCAGCCUCGGUAUCUAUGUCGGUGGCGACGGAGAUCUCUCCAAGCUGGCGCCUGUCGCCAAUCUCACACCCUUCGGACACUCGAUCGAGUGCCGUGUCUGUGCCGAGGAGCCUGGUGCUGACUUCACGCCGCGAACGGGCGUUGUAAGGAUGCUCGAGGUCCUCUGCUUGGGUCAACCGGGAGUGCGCUUCGACACCAGCAUCCGGGUGGGCACAACAGUCUCCAUCUUUUUCGACGCCAUGCUGGGCAAGCUGAUCGUGCACGCUGCCACUAGGCCCGCUGCCAUCGAAAAGAUGCUCCAGGUACUGCAAACUUCGGUGCUGAUCGGGCUGCCCACCAACAUGACCUUUAUGAGCUCCUGUCUACGCCAUCCCAGCUUUGCCGAUGGCAGUUACAACACGUCGCUCAUCCCAAAGAACCUUGACUGGCUGCUCAACCUGCCCGUGGAGCUUGCGUCAUCCGCUCUCUCGACGGGCCCCAAGGAGACGGCCCUUCCGCUGGCGACAAUCGUACCCUCAUUUCACCUUUUCAAAGAGCUGCGCAGCAAGCUGUACCCAACUCGCAGCGGCUUGCCGGCCAGCUUCGGCCUGGUGAGCGGGUGCGACCGCAGCGUGUCCAAGACGGAAAACUUUGUCAUUUCUCUGCCUGACGGUGGGCAGGAAUGGGAUGUCAUGGUCGAAUACGAUGGCGGCAACGGCGACUAUAACCUCAAGAUCUGGACUAACCACUCGAGCCAGGCGGUGCAGAAGGCCGAGAACCGCAUCAAGGAAAAGUAUGGCGGCAGCAAGUCCAAGUCCAAGGCGUUGGCGGCGGAGCUCAAGGCGAGCCGCGCUACGGCCAAGUUCUACGGCUCGCUGCCUACGCGCGAUGGGCUUGAGGGCCGUGCCAGGGGCGAUUGGCAGCUGGGUGUGCAGCAGAGCGAGGUGCACCAAGUGCGUUCCACGCUGCUCACUUCGUCGCAGGUGCAGCUCUCGUCGCUACCCGCCACGACGGGCGCCCAUCUAGCAACGGGACGCGCGCGCUGGGCCACGGCCACUCUCUCGCUCGAGAUCGACGGCAUCACCUCGACCCACGUAUUGGCGACCGAUCAUUCGUUCCAGGACCACGAAACCAGCGCUCAGACCGCAUGGGUCUGGUCGUCCAGGCUCUGCGGUCCUAUCAAGGUGGUGCGACACGGAAUGCGCACCUACGCGCUGGCCAACCAGUCUUCGGACGAUUCCGCGGCGAGCAAGGCGGCCUACGUCACACCGAUGCCUGCCAAGAUCCUCAAGAUCUUGGUGGAAGACAACGCCGAUGUUGAGGCUGGACAAGCUUUGCUCAUUUGCGAGUCGAUGAAGAUCGAAACGACCAUUCGAGCUCAGGUUGCGGGCAGGCUUCACCUGCAUGUCCAGGACGGCGACACGGUGCCCGAGGGCAAGCUGCUCUGUCAGGUGGGAGCUGAAGAGCAGCAGCAGCAAUAA